AGGAGCCGCGGCGCUGAGCAGGCGGCGGGCAGAGCCAUGGAGGGCGAGGGCGGCGGCUCGGUUCUCUGCCUCUUCGACGUGGACGGCACCCUGACCGCGCCUCGGCAGAAAAUCACUUCCGAGAUGGCAGAUUUCCUACAGGCUUUGCGGCAAAAGGUGAAAGUCGGCGUGGUGGGAGGCUCAGACUUCGAAAAGAUUCAAGAACAGCUGGGCGAGGACGUGGUUGGAAAAUAUGACUAUGUUUUCCCGGAAAAUGGUCUGGUAUCAUACAAAGAUGGAAAACUUCUUCAUAUACAGAGCAUCCAAGACCAUAUGGGGGAAGAGCUGCUCCAGGAUUUGAUCAACUACUGCCUGAGCUACAUUGCAAAAAUUAAGCUCCCCAGGAAAAGGGGCACUUUCAUUGAAUUCCGAAAUGGGAUGCUAAAUGUUUCCCCCGUUGGCAGAAGCUGUAACCAAGUGGAACGGAUGGAGUUUUUUGAGCUCGAUAAGAGGGAACAGAUCCGGGAGAGAUUUGUUGCUGAUUUACGUCGUGACUUUGCCGGAAAAGGCCUUACGUUUUCCAUAGGAGGGCAGAUCAGCUUUGACGUCUUCCCCAACGGUUGGGACAAACGGUACUGCUUAGGAAUUGUUGCCCAGGACAACUUCGAACAGAUCUAUUUCUUUGGAGAUAAGACCAUGCCGGGCGGGAACGACUAUGAAAUUUACACGGACCCCAGAACCCUCGGGCACAGCGUCUCUUCGCCUGAGCAGACGAAGGAGAUAUGCGAAGCCUUGUUUUUCAAAUAGAUCGCGGACUGCCUUUGCACCGAAGGGACGCAAGCCGGGUUCAGGACCACGAUUCGAAUCCAAAUCAUGGAAAUCGGGGAAAGGGUUAGGGUAGCUUCAGGAAUGGGGUUGUGGGGCGCUCCAAUUAUCCCUUUUGUCCCCUGGGCUGCUCUGAGCCAUUGCACAAGGCUACGCUUUCUUCCCCUCUACUUAAGGGACAGUCUUGGGUUUGCAUCAUGCAUUCUGCCCUAAACCAGGAUUCCUAAUUCAUCUCUGCACAAACUUGGUUCCCCAGAAUAAAACAGCCCGUUUGAUGGCUUAGUGCAGUUUGUGGAUCAGCUCCGUCUUGGGAAGGAAACAGCCAUUUUCCAUGGAGAAAGGAGAGGAGGGGAGGUCUUAUGAGUGAAGUCACUUCGAAUCUUGUUUGGGAGUCUUCUAACUUUGGGGGACGAGUCCUAAUCACAGAGACCUUUUCCCAGCACCUGCAGGAUUUUCUUGGUCUCCCAAGGCCCCUUUCAGAUGGCCCUUGUCCCCCCAUCAAUUUGUGGGAACAGCUCAUGUGACUUGCACAGCUUCACAUGUGCCUGUUGGGUAAGAAAUACGCCACUGGCCAAAAAUACACAAUCCAGGCUGUUAAUGACUUUCUACGGCUGAGUAAUUCUUAAACUCUACUGUUGAGUCAUGAUUCAGUUUUCCUCCUACAGAAUAAGAAUAUUCUUGUUCCAAUGAUGUUUGGAUGUCUUCUGAAGGAAGUUGGCUGACACCGUGCUUGUGCCUUCCAUUCUCGUGCCAUGCCUGCAAUCUGACCAGCCCCACAGUUUGUAGAGCCUUUUUUGGAAAGAUAGUCCAAAACAUCUGGAGAAUGUCAUUUGGGAAGCCAGGUUUAGAGAGAUGCCCUUACUUUUCCCUGAGUCCACCUGUGUUCUGAACCGUUCUUGAACCUGGGACAGUGUUCGAUGCUUCUCUUUUAUGUUUGGAAUUUAAUGCACUGGAGAAAGACUGGAGGGUUUUCAAGUCUAACAAAUCAGCAAGGUUGAUCUGGAAUGAGGUUUCUGGAAACUGUACUGUACUGUAUUUCUGGAUCAAGCUGGAUCCUCUCUGAUUAAAAUCUCUGUGAAUCGUUUGCA